AUUGGAGCUUCUCCCGCAAUACAUUCAGAAUCCAAAUUAUAGAAAAGAAAAAUAACCCAAUGUAAUAUCAACAAUAUAAUAAGCAGAAUUAACUUUCAAAACGCAAUAAAGACCCCAAAGAGAAAAAGGGCAAUCAACAAAAAUUAAAGCAACAGAGGAAUUCGAUACCUCCAUAAACUUAAACUUCACUCAUCUAAUUAAAUUCAUUCUCCAUCUUGAAAAGCCAUCCAUUCAUCAGAUCAUCUCCAAUUCACUUCACUGGUCAAUUUUGUCUCAAAAUUAAAGAUGCCAUUCCCGAUUUGGCUUCUCCUGAUCCUGACAUCUCUAAAACCACCCAAGGCCGAAGCAACGAAAUUAUGCCGAAGCAGCUGCGGCAACAUCCCCAUCAACUACCCGUUCGGCAUAGACGACGGCUGCGGCAGCCUGUACUACCACAACAUCCUCUUCUGCACAAUUUACGGCAAGCUCGAGCUCCGGACCGCCACCGGAACAUACCCAGUCACCGCCAUAAGCUACUCGGACCCCUACAUCCUGAUCUCGGACCCGGACAUGUGGGCCUGCCGCGACGGCCCAAACUUCCGCCAAGCCCGGCCCUUCAGCCUCGACCCGGUGAGCACCCACUUGUCGGUCUCCCCUCUCAACCACUACCUGUUCUUCAACUGCAGCGAGGAGGCGGUGGUGAUUGCGGCCAAGCCGGGGUUCUGCGGGCGCUUUCCGGAGCGGUGCGACGAGGCGGCGUGCGACAGCGCCAGCUAUCUGUGCACGCACGUGCCGGAGUGCGGCGGCGGGGCGCUCGGGGGGAGCUCCUGCUGCUCGUACCGACCGAAGGGGAUGGAUUCGAUGCGGGCGAUGCUGGAGUACUGCGGCAGUUAUACGAGCGUGUACUGGAGAAGCGUGGAUCAGGAUCAGGUUCCGGAAUAUGGGAUUCGGAUUGAUUUUGAUAUUGUUGUUACUUCCAGUUGCCUUCGUUGCCAGGAUGUUUUGAAAGGUGGAGGGGCCUGCGGAUUCCACGUUCAAACGCUGGCCUUCUCAUGCCUUUGCGAUGACAAGAAUGUCACUACCUAUUGUCGAGAUGAAAGCAUUUCAGGAGUUGGCAAUAGGCACAAAAUUAUUGCAGGGACAGUGAGUGCAGUUUCAGCAGCUGGGGCAUUGGGAAUUGCUGCUGGUAUCUUGUUCCUCAAGAAAAUGAAAGCCAAAGCCCCCGUCACAUGUGGGGUUCAAACAAAUGAUAAUAGGCUUUUUUGAAAACACUGAAAAUUAAAAACAAAACAGGCGACACUUCUUCCCUUUCACUUUC